AUCCGUAUAUAUGCACAUUCCGAUCCGCCGUCCAGGGCCUUUUCUCUCACAAACACACCCUCUCGAUUUUCGCUCCGAGUUAAGAGAAAGAGAAGGAAACUCAAUUGAGUUUUGGUUUCCUACUUUUUUCUUUUUAUUUUUCUCAAGUAAUAAUAAUUUGAUUUGGUUUUGAUGAAUUCGUUGUAAUAGAAAAGGAAAUCGGAUCGGUUUGAUCUUAUUUCGCCUCUCAAUCUCUUCCUGCCUUUGAUUUAAUCGCAACUUUUUGGUGAUUUUAAAGCCUUUGCUGUUGAAAUGGCAUCAACAGCUGGAGCUACAGGAUGGUUGAGGGGGAUCGUUAAAGCUGUUCCAUCUGGUGACUGCUUGGUGAUAAUGGGGAACACCAAGGCUGAGAUUCCGCCAGAGAAGACUGUCACUUUGUCUUCACUAAUGGCUCCUAAGCUGGCCCCCCGGAGAGGUGGCGUUGAUGAGCCGUUUGCAUGGGACAGCAGAGAAUUUUUAAGGAAGCUUUGUAUUGGAAAGGAGGUCACAUUCAGAGUGGACUACACUGUACCGUCCAUAAACAGGGAAUUUGGCUCUGUUUUCCUGGGGGACAAGAAUCUGGCCUUGAUUGUGGUUGCUGCAGGCUGGGCAAAGGUUAGACAACAAGGUCAACAGAAAGGGGAAGUAAGUCCUUUCAUAGCAGAGUUGCUGCGUCUUGAAGAACAGGCCAAGGAUCAAGGUUUAGGUUGUUGGAACAGGACACCAGGUGCUGCUGAGGCCUCCAUUAGAGACCUGCCUCCUUCAGCCCUUAGUGAUCCUAGUAACUUCGAUGCUAUGGGUUUAUUGGCCACUAAGAAAGGUAGUCCUUUGGAGGCUAUUGUGGACCAGGUUCGUGAUGGGAGUACAGUUCGUGUUUAUUUGCUGCCAGAAUUUCAGUAUGUCCAAGUGUUUGUAGCAGGAGUUCAGGCGCCUUCUCCGGGUAGAAGGGCUGCACCAGAACCUGUUGUUGGAGCCGAGGUGUCCUCUAAUGAACAAAAUGGAGAUUCUGCAGCUGAAGCUCGUGCUCCACUGACGUCAGCACAGAGAAUUGCUGCUGCCAAUGCAUCUGCAGCUAUGGUUGAAGUUCCUGCGGAUCCAUUUGGCAAAGAAGCUAAACAUUUCACAGAGAUUCGUGUCUUGCACAGAGAUGUUAGGAUUGUGUUGGAGGGUGUUGACAAAUUCAGUAAUUUGACUGGUUCAGUAUAUUAUUCUGAUGGUGAAACAGCAAAGGACCUGGCACUGGAGCUUGUUGAAAAUGGUUUGGCUAAAUAUGUGGAAUGGAGCGCUAGCUUGCUAGAGGAUGAUGUUAGGCGGAGGUUGAAGAAUGCCGAACUUCAUGCAAAGAAGACCCGGUUAAGAAUCUGGACUAAUUAUGUCCCCCCUGCAACCAACUCAAAGGCCAUUCAUGACCAGAACUUCACAGGAAAAGUCAUUGAAGUUGUAAGUGGAGACUGUAUCAUUGUUGCCGAUGAUUCCUUGCCAUUUGGAGAUCCUUCUGCAGAGCGACGAGUAAAUCUCUCAAGUAUAAGGGGCCCUAAAAUGGGUAAUCCUCGUCGAGAUCAAAAACCUGAUCCCUAUGCUCGUGAUGCUAAGGAGUUUCUCAGAACCCGCUUAAUUGGCCGUCAAGUGAAUGUUUCAAUGGAGUAUUCCAGGAAGGUUAACUUGCUAGAUGGAGCACCUGCUGCAUCUGCGUCUACUGAUACAAGGGUGAUGGAUUUUGGAUCUGUCUUCCUUGUUAAUCCCCCUAAGGAUGGAGACGAUGCAGCCUCUGGAGCAGGCAGCCAACAGGUGGGGACAAAUAUCGCUGAGCUAUUGGUUGCUCGUGGUUAUGCCACUGUUGUUAGACACCGAGAUUUUGAGGAGAGAUCAAACUACUAUGAUGCUCUCCUGUCUGCUGAAUCACGUGCAAUUGCUGGAAAGAAGGGCAUGCAUUCUGCAAAGGAUCCUCCUGUGCGGCAUGUAACUGACCUGCUAGCGGCUAAUGCAAAGAAAGCAAAGGACUUCUUGCCAUUUUUGCAACGCAGUAGGAGGAUGUCAGCCAUUGUUGAAUAUGUGCUCAGUGGACAUCGUUACAAAAUAGAUAUUCCUAAGGCAACAUGCAGUGUUGCUUUCUCAUUAUCUGGAGUUCGAUGUCCUGGCCGUGAUGAGCCCUACUCUGAUGAAGCCAUUUCAUUUAUGAGGAGAAAAAUAAUGCAGAGGGAUGUCGAGAUUGAAGUAGAGACUGUUGACAGAACUGGAACUUUCUUGGGAACCUUGUGGGAAUCCAAAACCAAUGUGGCGAUACCACUUCUGGAAGCUGGCUUGGCCAAGCUUCAAACUUCCUUUGGCCUUGACAGGAUUCCAGAUGCUCAUCUUCUGGUUCAAGCUGAGCAGUCAGCAAAACAGAAGAAGUUGAAGAUAUGGGAGAACUAUGUCGAGGGAGAGGAAGUUUCUAAUGGUUCAACUGCUGAAAGAAGACAGAAAGAGGAGUUUAAGGUUGUGGUUACCGAAGUCCUGGGAGGUGGUAAAUUUUAUGUUCAGUCAGUUGCUGAUCAGAAAGUGGCCUCUAUUCAGAAGCAACUCUCUUCAUUGAACCUUCAAGAAGGUCCUGUAAUUGGUGCCUUCAAUCCUAAGAAGGGGGAUAUUGUUCUGGCUCAGUUUAGUGCAGACAACUCUUGGAACCGUGCAAUGAUUGUCAACACCCCUCGUGGUGCUGUGGAAUCUGCAAAUGACAAGUUUGAGGUGUUUUACAUCGACUAUGGAAAUCAAGAGUUUGUUCCCUACAGCCAAUUGCGUCCUCUUGAUCCUUCGGUCUCCUCUACCCCUGGCCUUGCUCAGCUUUGCAGUCUGGCCUUUGUCAAGGUCCCAGGCUUGGAGGACGAUUACGGUCAAGAAGCAGCUAUUCGCCUGAGCGAACACCUAUUAAGUUCUCCAAAAGAAUUUAGGGCUGUGAUAGAAGAAAGGGACACAUCAGCUGGAAAAGUUAAAGGACAAGGAACUGGUACCGUAUUUUUGGUAACUCUGAUUGAUGCUGAAACUGAUACCAGCAUAAAUGCAACUAUGCUACAGGACGGACUUGCUAGGUUGGAGAAGAGGCGAAGAUGGGAACCCAAGGACAGGCAGCAGGCUCUUGAUGAACUGGAAAAAUUCCAGGCAGAAGCUCGACAGAAGAGACUUGGUAUGUGGGAGUAUGGAGACAUUGCCUCAGAUGACGAGGAUGUGGCACCUCCGGCAAGGAAAGCUGCCGGAAAGCGGUGAAAACUUGCUUUUUCCCGCAGCCUGUACCAAAUACACUAGUAUUAACUGACGGACCAAUCGAGGUCUGAUUACUAGCUGGUCUGAGUCCCUACUACAGGCACACAUGAUGAUAUUUUGUUAUAGAGGAACAUAAAGGAAGGAAGUGAGGCUGAUACUGUUCCAAGUUUUAGUUUGUAACUUAUAAGAACUCGGCCAUAUGGUUGUUGGUAGGUGAGCAAACAAUUUUGUUUACUUUAUUUUUCUUAUUUUUUUGUUUAAUAGACUCUUAAUAAGGCGUGUCCGUGUCCGAGACCUUUUGUCUUGAACUGUUUUGUUUCCCCCGUCAGGAAAGAAUUUUUGCUUAAUUUGCACUUGUUAA